AUGGGCCUUAAUUGCGUGCGACCUGUCGAUCCUUUAUGUGCUGUCAUACCAAGAAAUAUUGAGCUCGACGCUUCAUCAGUUAAACAAUCAGAAUUGCCGAUUAUCUUUUUAAUUGGAGGUCCUGGAGCAGGAAAGACAACACAGUGUACACGACUAGCAGAACAUUACGGUUUCUGUACCAUCAUAAGCAGAGAAUUAUUGCGCAACGAAGUUACCACCGGUUCACAAAGAGGUGUUAUCCUGGCAUAUUUGAUGUCCGAGGGUAAACUAGUUCCUGCAGAUGUCAUGAUGGAGCUUAUUAAGGCGAAGAUGUUGAACAGUUUAGGUACCACACGAGGUUUCCUACUGAGCGGGUUUCCCAGAGAGAAGAUACAAUGCCAGCAUUUCAACAGACAGAUCCGACCGCCGGAUCUUGUCCUGUACUUAUACGUCAGAAAUUCAUUGUUGAUGGACAGAAUCCUAGCUAGGGCCAUCACCGCUACUGAACGGCAGGAACGCGGCAUCGAUGAAAAUUGGCGGCGAAUCAAGGAGCACAGUCGAAUGAUUAAGCCUAUACUUAAAUAUUACAAGAAGCAGUUAGUGAUUAUAGAUGGUGAGAAAGAUGAGUUGGAAGUUUUCCAAGACAUUUGCAACGCGGUUGAUAACAUUUUGGUAAACUUUCCAAGUACAUCUGAAGAAAAAGAAGUUAAUUAGAAUUUGUUUGUUAAUAUAAUUUUGCUAAACAUGCACAGCAGUACAUAAUCCAACGAUUGUCGAGAAAAAAG